CGCCGCGGGAACUCAGUUGCUCACGAGCAUCCGUCGACUGAUGAACAUGGUCUCUUAUACGUCGAACAGCGCGAGUGCCGUGCUUGCGAUGUGCCGUUACGCUCUCUUCCUCGUGGUGGCAAUUGUGGCUCUCAGCAGGGCCGACAAUGCUGAGAGCGGUCUCAAGGUGGAGAAGAUGUACAUGCCCGAAGUAUGCGACGUCAGGUCGAAGAAGGGCGACCAGCUGACCAUGCACUACACCGGCACUCUUCAGGACGGCAGCAAGUUCGACUCAAGCUUGGAUAGAGAUCAACCGUUUACCUUCCAGCUUGGUGUAGGACAAGUUAUUAAAGGUUGGGAUCAAGGUCUCUUAGAUAUGUGUGUAGGCGAGAGGAGAAGACUGACGAUACCACCCGAACUUGGAUAUGGCGAAAAGGGGGCUGGAAAUGUUAUUCCUGGUGGUGCUACUCUUACGUUUGAAGUCGAGCUCAUGAAUAUUAGCGAUUCACCUCCUACCGCCAAUGUCUUUAAGGAAAUUGACGCUGACAAAGACAACCAACUGUCUCGCGAGGAGGUGAGAGCAAUGGUAAGCGAUUACCUGCGGAAACAAGUGAUAGAAGCGGAGCAAGCUGGCGCUAAUGAAAAUGAAGACGUGAAGAAAAUGCUGGCCGAUCACGAUAAGCUCGUCGAGGAGAUCUUCCAACACGAGGAUAAGGACAAGAACGGCUUCAUCUCCCACGACGAGUUCAGUGGGCCGAAGCAUGAUGAGCUCUGAAGUCUUCGUCCCUCAUCAUCGCGUCUCCGAGCGCCCGUUGUCGACGUCGUCGUUGCCUCAAUCGUCGACGAUAUCGACGCGCCCCGCGCCACCACGUGUUCACCUCUGUAUAAAAUCACCUCUUCGAGUCCCCUCUCGGGCAUUCCCGAAGGAUCUGCUGAUCGAUCGUCCCGAGUAUACGCGUGCUCGAACUCGUCAGAACAAGCGAAUUUACCAGCAAACUUUUCUGAUACAACACAACUUAUACUAGCAUCAGGGAAAUACAAUCUUCGGGAAUCUCCGGCUCGUCGAGACUUAUUCAUGUCCUCGAUCGCAGGAAACUUACAGGAAUAGGUGGACAUUUGCUUAACAACGAAGUUCGAAGAUCCGUAGAGUGAAAAUGUUUUUUAAAAAAAUUCUUUGGAAAAUGUCUUUGGAAGUUUUGAGAACUAUUCGAAUGGCUCUAAGUAGCUUGAAGAUUUCUUAAUUUUUUUUUUAAGCCGGAUGUUCUAAAGGAUACGAUUCUCUACUCGUUCAGAAUAAGAAUUAUAUCUCGCGAGCCAUUUUAUACGCACAGCAUUACUCGAGAAUCUACAGGGGAAAUCUCGAUCGAUUUUCGGCAUAAUCACCAUCCGAACCUUUCUUUAUCCUAGCUCAUCUUACUAGGAAGAUCUGCAAUUUUUGCCGCUCCAUAAUAUGCUUGUUUUGUACUAUUAAUCAUACAAUCUCGUUUUGGAAAUCUUUAUAGCACAGUACAAUUUUUGCAGUUAUUUAAUUUUUAUAGAGAGUUUACGUUGAGCAGAAUUAUUAUUUUUUUAACUAAUAAAAUUUCUGAUAAAACCUAAACUUCUCGUUGCCUGGUAAAUCGUUAAAAAUCAAAUUGAUGGUCUUUAAAUAAUCAAUGCGAGUGUAUUCAAAGUUUUUUUUUUCGUCACUUUCAACCAUUCUAAAAGUCCGCAGAGAGUUCCACAGAAAUCCACGGUAAAAUUUUCGCCGAUAUUCCUAGGCAGGAAACAUUCCGGCGCAAUGACGUCACUGUACAUUUUAAUACGAUAUAACGAAAAAAAAAUACAUACGAAUGUCUGCUCGAAUGACUGCACCGUAGUGGCGUGAAGUGAGAGGCUGUGUAUGUUUCGCGCUAUAUAUAUUAUAUAAAAAUAUAAAGAGAGAGAAAGAGAGAUUGUGAUGAUAGAGCGAGAUAAAGGUGUGACGGAAAGAGUGUUUUUUCUACAUGAUUAUAAAUGUUAGCAUAACUAAAAAGCAUCGACGUACGAUGCUGAAAAUCACACGCAUUCUGUCCUACUCUCAAAGCUUCCACCAAUCUAUCCCAGUCAUAACAAUCCCUUGCUCGAGAGUCGCGUGCGCGCGCGCGAUAUUCACGUAGGAGACAAGAAGAGGAUGACGAAGAAAAAGAGGAAGAGGAAAUAUCCCGAGGAUGCGUAGUGGAGAUGAAUAUGGUCGCUCUUACGCGAGCAUCCCCCUAUCGUCGCAUUAUUACAUUUUAACUGAUACGUUUUUAUUACUACAUUAUAUUGUAUGUUGUUAAAGUUGGAUGAUGGUUAAUAAUAAAUCGUGUGUCUCGAGCACAGUUUGUUAUAUAA